UAUGCGGGGCCGGGGGUGACGUCUCCGCGGCCCGGGCCGACGCUGCGGCUGCGGCUGCGGCUGCGGCUGCAGCCACGACAGUCCUGCUGGCGACAGCCGCUCCACACUCGGCCGCGAAGGCAGGCCGCCACUGUCUGAGCAGAGCUCUAUGCAGCUCGGCUUCACGCUGCUGCGGGAGCUUGAACCCCGGACUUGGGGGCCUCGGGCACGACAGUCUCGCUGCAGAACUAUUAUGCGCUCUCCCCCAGCCCUUCCGUCGCCCAUUUUUCUCCUAGGCCGGUGUCCUAGAGUGAACUCGGGCUCGUCCCUUAGAGCGUUUAUGGGAGCAACUUUUCUUUAUUUUGGUUUUUUAGUUGUAUUGACUUAUUAUUGGACAAAGGUAGAGAAGAGGAGAGGCAGACACCUGCGGCCCUGCUUCACCACUUGUGAAGCUCCGCUCCCUGCAGGUGGGGAGCGAGGGCUCGAACCCGGGCUCUCGCGCGCUGUACCAGCGCCAGACCCCCAAGACCAUUGCCUUCUGAUCCAUCCGCCGGAGUCCUGAAGAUGACAACCAGAGCAGCUGCCCAGAGCUUCACUUUUAUUGAUUUAUUAUUGGACAGAGACAGAGAUGAGACGUCUGCAGCCCGGCUCCACCACACCGGAAGCUUCCCCCCUGCAGAGAAGCCCGCUGGUUCUGGAAGGCAUUGACUUGGGGCCCUGCACAAGGAAAUGGACACCAGAUUACCUGGGCCACGUGGGCGGAGCGAGAGAGGUCAAGGUGCAUGUUGCCUCCGUGGCCCAGAUGGACUUCAUCAGUAAGAACUUUGUGUAUAGAACUUUACCUUUUGACAAGUUGGUUCAGCGAGCUACUGAAGAAAAGCAUAAAGAAUUCUUUAUUUCAGAGGAUGAGAAAUACUACUUACGGUCCCUUGGGGAAGACCCUAGGAAGGAUGUUGCAGAUAUCAGAAAGCAGUUUCCUUUAUUGGAAGAAGAUAUUAAGUUUCCAAAAUUCUUCAAGGAGGAACAGUUCUUUUCCAGUGUUUUUCGAAUAAGCUCACCAGGAUUGCAACUUUGGACUCAUUAUGACGUUAUGGAUAAUUUUUUAAUACAGGUGACAGGCAAAAAGCGUGUUGUACUAUUCAGCCCUCGAGAUGCCCAGUACUUAUAUUUAGCAGGUACUAAAUCAGAAGUACUAGAUAUAGAUAACCCAGACUUAACUAAAUAUCCACUGUUUGCCAAGGCUAGAAGGUAUGAAUGUUCUCUGGAAGCUGGAGAUGUAUUAUUUAUUCCUGCUUUAUGGUUCCAUAAUGUAAUUUCUGAAGAGUUUGGAGUAGGCGUGAAUGUCUUUUGGAAGCACCUUCCACCUGAAUGCUAUGACAAAACAGACACCUAUGGAAACAAAGACCCGACAGCAGCUUCAAGAGCUGCACAGAUUUUGGACAGAGCCUUAAAAACACUCAGUGAGUUACCGGAGGAGUACAGGGACUUCUAUGCACGGAGGAUGGUUCUACACAUCCAGGACAGAGCCUACAGCAAGAACUUUGAGUAAAUGAUGAAAUGAAUGCAGGGACUACCAGUUUUAUAUAUAAUUCAGGUCAAAUACUGUGAAAGUAGUUUUAUAACAAGAUAAACUGUUUUUAGGAUUCAUUCUUAAUAUAGGAAAGUUAGAUAAAUUUGUUUACAGGUUAAAUACUUUUGAUGGGGUAUUUGUCUUACUCAGUACUGAUUGUUAACGGUGGAAAGAUUAUGUACUGGAAGCUGACAGGAUAGCUUUGCUGUGCUCUAGGCUCAGAUUCGAACCUGGCCCUCAAAACAUAGCUUUUGUGCUAUGGUGCCUUUUCCCUUUCUUCCUCUCUCUCUGAAAAAGCAGAGCCAUAGAAAAAAUGGGUAGAUAUAUAUGAAUAGAUAUAGAAAAGUUGACCCAUAUCUGUGACCUUCGGAGAACUACUGCAGUUUUGAUGGGAGGGAAUUAGAAUCUGGUGGUGGGAAUUAUGUGUAAUUAUAUCUGUUAUCUUAUAAUUUUGUAAAUCAGUACUAAAUCACUAAUUAAAUGAAUGGCAGCCUGAAGUAGUGAAGCCCCAUGAUUGGUGGUGUGUGUGUGUGUGUGGGGGGGGGGGGGUUGCAAUGUAAUAAUGUCUUCCAGGACCAUUCUUUAUCUUUCAGAAGCAAAGGAAAAUAAGAAAUCCAACUUAUAAAUGGCAUAAUGAAAUACACUGAACCAUUAUACAUGAAGCUUACUCAGAAUGAGCUUCACUGUUUGACUCAUUCAUUAAUCAUUACUGUCACCAGAAGCCUGAGGACAUCUCCCUCUGCAGCAGCAGCACUGUUAGCACCAUCUAAGGUUGGCUGCCGUCGUGGUCAGUUGGGGCAUUUGCUUCUUCAUUUAUAUGCAGUGGAGUCGGGCCAAGCUCUCUGCAUUGGAGAAAGCUUUCCCAGAAGUGGAGACAAAUCAUGGAAUCUCACUGAUCUAACUUGGUUUAGAUGUGUCUGUCCCCGAGGCAACCACUGGCAUGGGACUGGAAUAACCCACGGUCAGUCAGGUCUAUGGGUCCAAAAGUAAUUACUUUACCUGUAACAGCUGUGCAAACUUCAGCUCCAUAGACUUUGAUUCGUUAUAUUUGGGGUUUGGUACAAGUCUCUGUAUUUGAUAGACUUCGUAGGUUGUUUUGAUAAUCAGGAUUGAGAACCACUGGAUUAAAUAAUGAUUAGGAUUAUUUCGUAAUCCAAAAGAAAUGGCAACUCCUGGUUUUUCUAGGCACCCAGUAUAUAUUGCUAAGAAUUGUUUAAUUUUGAAUAUUACAAAAAUAUUCAAGAGUUUUAAUGUAUACCUAAGCCUAAACUUCAGCUGUGCUUUUUUUCCCCCCUACUUCCUUUUUUAAAAAGGAAUGUUCAAGAAUGAGUGUGAGCAGUUCCAAUAAUGUGAUGCUGUCACUACAAACAAGAGCCUCUGUGUGUGGCUGUGUCGUUCUUUGCCUUGCAUCCAGUCCUUAUAUCUGAAAUGUUAACUAAAGGAAGACUGAGUGUGUGUAUCAGACACACUUAGCCAUUAUCAGUGAGACUUAUUUUAAUCAAAAUAUUUUUUUCUGUAUCAAAAAUAAUUCAUCCACUUGUGUUUGCAGUUGGAUUAAUUUUGAUAUUAUAAUUAUAAUAAAGAAAGACUUUGGGAAGUGAUAUUGGUCCUCAGGUCAACAAAAGUGAAUAGAGUAAAAAAUACGUAUCUAUAUACAUUAGUGAGAUCUAAUUAUUAGAUCUCGGGGCUACUACUAGGUUAAACAAAGUACAACAUUAAUGAUUACUUUUAGACAGAAAAAGUGUAAAAACUGUAAUUUGAAUAGUAUCUAUAAUCAACAUUAAAAAUAAACUUUCCAGGUGACACUCCUGGUUAAGCACAGUGUACAAGGUCCUGGGUUCAAGCUCCUAUUCCCCACUUGUAGGUGGGAAGCUUCAUGGUGAAGCAGGGCUGUAGGUAUCCAUCUCCUUCUGUCUCUCCUCAAUUUCUGGCUGUCUCAUCAAAUUUUAAAUUUUUAAAAAAUGUUGACUCAUUAAAAAUAAUAAAGAGUGGGAGUCGGGCGGUAGCACAGUGGGUUAAGUACAGGUGGCGCAAAGCCCAAGGACUGGUGUAAGGAUCCAGACAUCGAGCCCCCAGCUCCCCACCUGCAGGGGAGUUGUCAUAGGUGGUGAAGCAGGUCUGCAGGUGUCUUAUCUUUCCCUCCCCGUCUUCCCCUCCUCUCUCCAUUUCUUUCUGUCCUAUCUAAAAAUGACAUCAAUAACAAUAAUUACAACAAUAAAAAGGGGCAACAAAAGGAAAAAUAUAUUGAAAAAAAUUAAAAAUAAUAAAAAAAUAAACCUUCCUUGGUUCUGAUUUUUAUUUCAUUUUAAGACUUUUAAUUAUGACAGAAUGUAGGAGACACGAGCAAUUGUAGCAGGGCUGAAUCUAGGGCCUCCUGAGCCUCAGGCAUGCAUCAUGCAUCUGGCACACUGUUUAUGCUGACUUCGCCCUUUUUUUUCCAAUGUUUUCAGCUAAUAAAAUGGUGCAGAGUAUGUAUCCAGAGUCAAGGUAAAUUACAACUUGGCCAAUCUAGAUCCAUCUUAUUUAGGAAGCACACUGGAUGUCCUUAAGCAAGUUAAAUGACUUAAUUUUUAUGAAGUUUAUUUUCUUCUUUUAAAUUUGAACCUUAUAAGGCUGUUUAAUUGUAAUUGUAAGGACCUAAUUAAGGGCAGGGACACUUAAUAGCUGGAGCUACCUUUCAUGUGAUCCUAGUCCUCUAAAGAGAAAUUUGACUAGCUCCUAUUAUACAUUAUAAUAUUUAGAAAGCUAGAUGACUUUUGAGAAACUUUUAAAAAAAUAAUGUGCUCUUAACUUUAUGAGCCUCGAUUUUAAAUAUAAAAUAUUCUAAAUUUUGUGAUUAGACUUGAGGCCAAAUGAGAUGUUUUUAAAAGACUGUAAAGACCUCUCUCCAUUUCUCUGUCCUAUCCAACAAUGACAGCAUCAAUAACUACAACAAUAACAACAAGAAAACAAGAGCAACAAAAGGGAAUAAAUAUUUAAAAAAGACUAAAGAAUUACACAGUAUGAAAAAAAUUAAAUAUAUAUAUAUAUAUAUAUAUAUAAUGAAACUAAAAAAAAACAGUAAUCUAUCAAGAUUGCUUUGAUGACUGUCCAGCUUCUCACAGCUUUAAGAUCAAAACUGGAGUUAACAUUUGUGAUCAGUUUAAUGAUUCUGCUUUCUCCUUUCUCAUGUUUAGUACUUUGAACAUUUCUAAAUCGACUGUAGAAUUAUUCUUUGGUAGCAGUUUGGGGAAAUUGAAGCAAUACUGAAAAUUUUUUUUCCUUACUAAUCUCUUAUAUUGGUACAACUGACAAGAUAAAGACAUAAGCAAACGGGUAAACAGUAAAGUGUAUGUUCCGACAAGGCAUUUUUUUUUUCAAGGUAUGAAAUGAGGUUUGAAGCUGAGUCACACACAAACCAGUGAUAGCGAAUAUCUCUGAAAAGAAACUGACAAGUUAUUGGGCAGACUGGAACCUACAGUUAUGUAUUGAAUUUUUGUUGCUUUUGUAUAAUCCUUCAAAAUAAAAUUUAAAACUGUACAGACUGUGAACUUUUCAUCAACAUUACAGUUACUUGUC